UGCAGAGAGACUCCCAGACGAUCAGAUUCACCUUCAGACCAAACUAGCAGCUUCCUCUGAGUGAGUCCAGCUGCAGGAGAAAAAAGUGGAAACCUCCAACACUGCUGCUUCAAGCUGCUCACACUCCACACACUGAAGCUUCACUCAGAGACUAAAUGGCUUCCAGGUUAGAGGAGGAUCUCUGCUGUCCGGUCUGUCAGGACAUCUUUAAGGAUCCAGUUGUUCUGUCAUGUAGCCACAGCUUUUGUAAGGAGUGUCUGAAGAACUGCUGGACAGUAGGAGAUGAACGACCAUGUCCUUUUUGCAGGAAGCAGUCAAGCACAGAUGAUCCUCCCUGUAAUCGGGCUCUGAAGAACCUGUGUGAGACCUUCUUACAGCAGAGAGAGCAGAGAGCUUCAGAGGAUCUCUGCAGUCUGCACUCUGAGAAACUCAGACUCUUCUGUCUGGACCAUCAGCAGCCAGUGUGUGUCGUCUGCAGAGAUUCAGAAAAACACGCCGAGCACAGAUUCAGACCAAUCGAUGAAGCUGCUCAGCAACACAAGAAGAAACUUCAGGAAACUCUGGAACCUUUGAAGAAGAAGCUGGAGGUCAGGAAGAAAGUUCAGGAAGAGUUUGAUCUGACACGCUGCCCCCUGCUGGAGGAUCCACAGCUGCCCUCAGGAGCUCUGAUAGACCAGGCCAAACAUCUGGGCAACCUGGCCUUCAACAUCUGGAGUGACAUGAAGAACAUGGUGUCCUACACUCCUCUCAUCCUGGACCCAAACACUGCUCAUCCAGAUCUCACUCUGUCUAAAGAUCUGACCAUUGUGACAGGACGAGAGAAACAGAAGCUUCCUGAUAAUCCAGAGAGGUUCAAGUCUUGGUUUACUGUCCUGAGUUUUGAGGGCUUUAACUCAGGGAACCACAGCUGGGAUGUUGAUGUUGGAGACAGUAAAGUCUGGGAGCUUGGUGUGUCAGAAGAGUCUGUCCAGAGGAAGGGAAAGAUACAGUCUGGAUUGUUGGUUAUAUGGUUCGAAGAAGGUAAAUACUAUGCACAGUCUCGGCCAUCUCCUUCCAAUCUUCUCUCAGUUCAGAAGAAGCUCCAGAGGAUCAGAUUGAAUCUGGACUGGGACAGAGGAAAGCUGUCCUUCUCUGAUCUGGACACUAACACACACAUACACACCUUCACACACACCUUCACUGACAAGAUGUUUCCAUGCUUCGACACUCUGGGUAAAGUAAAAAUCUUACCCAUGAAGAUCUCAGUGAGCAAACAGCAGCUCUGAUGUUCUCAUUAUGAAGAACUCAAAGUCCAAAUGAAACCUUAUUGAUCUGAUUGAAACUCAGUGUUUGAAACAGGAAACUGGAGAUGAUCUGAUCUGAUCUGACUGAUCAUCUGGUUGUUUUGCUGGACUGUUAAGUCUCAGGAAGUGUUUCUGUCUGACUUCCUCCCUCCUUCACGUCAC